AUGAACAGGCAAUGCAUUGAAGAAUCAAUUCAUGUGAAGUUUGAUGAGGAAUCAUACACUGAUGAAAGAGUCACUCAUUCUUCCUCUAUUUUUCAAGAGCUUCUCUCUUGCCCAUUUGACGAAGCUCCUCUUGCUGGAGAUGAAGCUGAUAUUUUUGAUUCUAUCGUUCCAGUUCCAUGGUCCUUGAAUCAAGAUACUGCAGCCAGAUCAUCAAAUAAUUCAUUAGGUGCUGAUGAAACUCUUGAAGCUGAAGAUUCUCCUACAACUGAUAACCUGUCAUUGUCAGUGUCAAAUUCUUCGGAAUCAGCAUCAGUCUCUGAACAUCGAUAUCAUCCUGUCGAUCAAAUUAUUGGGAAUAUUCAUGAUGGUGUCCGAACCAAAUCUCGUGUUUCUAAUAACUUUUGCAUGGUAGUUCCUGCCCCAAACUCUCCUCCUCUUCCUAUAUACAUCAAAGCCACCAACGUUGUUUUCAACCCUGAUAUUCCCGAUGUUCAUCAAGGUCUUGGACUCGAUGAUUUUGUUAAUUUCUUAGCCUCCUGCCGCCUACGAUACGCUAUCAGUGACAUUCCAUCAGAGUUCUUCCCUGAACAAGUCUGUGAGUUCUACUACACCGCAACAGUCAAUGAUGAAAACAAUGUCAUCACCGGGACCAUUGGCCGUGGAAGACACUCUGUCUUUGUUAUAGCAGAACUUCUCAGUGAUGCACUCAGGUUACCUAUCUUUGAACCAUUCUUUGAUCUUCCUUCUAUUGAACGCUGUCGACGUCUAUUCAAUCAACUGGGAUAUGAUCACUCAAAGGCUGGUGCUCGAUUAGCUCUUGUUCUGUGCAAAUGUAUGACCCCAGGAUGGAAGUUCUUCACCGGUGCUUUGUGCAAAUGUGUGGGUCAUAAGUCUCGAAGUGGUGAUCAACUGAGCACCUAUGAGCAACAAAUCGUCUGCUCACUGCUUCUCAACAAAAGACUUGACUAUGGGGCCUUUUUCUUUGAUCAACUUGUUCAGCUUCUUCAUGCAAAUGUACGCGCUGAUCACGUUCCCUUCCCACGCUGGAUUGCUCUCGUGCUCGAUAAAUUCUUUGCUGCAGAUUACUUCUCGCACUCUGGAAAUCCUAUUCAAUGCCCUCACAUGUCAAUUUGA